AUGGACAAUGAAGCUAUUCAAGUCUUAAACCUCCUCAAGUGUUUUGAAGGAAAGCAAGGGUGGAAACUCCACGUUCGGAAAGAUUCGUUGGUCAGCUGUGUGUUUAAAGCUCGCUACUAUCCUAAGAGUUCCUUCCUUGGAGCGGAAUUGGGGAAUAAUCCUAGUUUCAUCUGGAGAAGUAUUAUUGAAGCUCAAGAAUUGAUUCGAAAGGGUGGUUCAAUGGCUGUUGGUUCAGGAGCAAACAUUAGUAUUCUUGGUGACCCUUGGAUUCCGGAUCAUGAUCAACCCUUUGUUCUAUCUGUACAUCCAGGUCUACAGGGGAAAUCUGUAAACAGUUUGAUGCAAUCUGAGGUAAAAGCAUGGGAUGCAGAUGUAAUCAAGGACAUGUUUACGAUACGUGAACAAAACUUAAUACUGAAUAUCCCCUUGUUUGAAUCUAUCAUGGAAGAUUGUUGGCAUUGGAAGGGUGAGCAUUCGGGAAUCUAUUCAGUAAAGAGUGCAUAUCGAAUUCUUCAAGAGUUGAAAGGGGUGGUUCACAGAGACAAUAACUCUGGUUUAUGGAGGGAUUUAUGGAACCUAAAAAUUCCACCUAAAGUGAAGGACUUUAUCGGGAGGGCUGUUUCUAAUUGCCUCCCAACUCGGUUCCAACUUGGCCAUCGCAAGAUAACCCUCCCUUCUUCUUUAUGUCCAAGAUGCCUGCGCUAUGCGGAAACCAUUCCCCACUGUCUGGUGGGCUGCUCUUUUGCCAUGGCUUGCUGGCGAUUUGCCGGACUACCAGUUGUUGCAAUCGGGGACAAUUCUUUUGGUGGGUGGCUGCAAGACCGUUUUCAAGUUUGGGGGGACGAUAUGAGACAUAGGGCGAUUAUGGUGAGAUGGGCAUUAUGGCAGGUUAGAAAUGAGAAAGUUUGGAAGAAUACAAGUAGGUCUGUGAAAGAAGUUAUCAUGUUGGCUAGAAGUAAUUUUGAUCAAUGGAGAUCUGCUCAGGAUAAAACUUUCAUCCCCUCUCUGUUUUUUAUUCAUAAAGGGGAAGGGGAUGAGCAUUGGUCCGCACCAGAGGGAAACAAAAUCAAAAUCAACGUGGAUGCAGGUGUCUUUCCUGAUCUCAACAAGUUUGGCUAUGGUUGGGUGGUUAGGGAUGCAUCAGCUACUCUUAUUAGUACUCAUACAGCUAGCAAAGUAGGAAGUAUUGACCCUAUUCUCAUUGAGGUGAUUGGAGUAAGGGAGGUUCUGAGUUGUAUUAAAGCUACUGAGCUCACCAAUGUAGUUGUAGAGACAGAUAGUUUAGUCACAGUUCAGGCCUGCAGAAGUCAGGUUAAGAUGCACUCUAUGUUUGGUUUCUGUAUUGAUGAGUGUAGGGCACUAGUCUCUAGUUUACAUAAUGUUUCUUUAUGUUUUGUUAAGCGAUCCGCCAACCGUGUUUCUCACCAUUUGGCUCGAGCCUCAUGUUUGAAUGCUGGUUGCAGUUAUUCGUUAGCUGCGGCACCAAAUAAUUUGAUUGAUGUAAUUUUGCUUGAUAUGAUUUAA